AAGCAAAAUGGCCGACAGUAAACUAACUGAUAACACAGCGUCUGACAGCCAUCGAUGGGUUUUGCAUGUUUUGUUUACAGCUUGAACUCUGCAGUCACGCUCGACCAGACUCGCCUUUCCGCGUUGUUUUUUUCUACGACUAACAUCUCGCCUUCGGUGAUGUCAUUUCUUGUCCAUGUUCGCCCUGAACGCCUCGAAGAACUCGUUUGCUAAGCUAGCUAGCCUGCUAACCGAAAGGGUUCUGCAAGGAUUUUUGCACAGAAGCACUUUAUGUCCCAUGUGAUUCCCAAGGCAGGAGAAUCAGGAAAGGGAUCAGCGGUUCAUGGAAGACAAGAAAAAGAAGAAAGAAGAUAAGAAGAAAAGGGAAACCUCUCAGAAGGUGCCAGACCAGAAAAUCAAAGUGCCAGAAUCAGCGAAGCCCACCUGUCCCCAGCCUCUGUCCGCCCCUGGCUCAACGUCCCCUAGCCCUGGCCCCGUUACCCCCUCAUCCCCCAGUCCUGGUGCCGCUGGGGUUGCCACACAAGUUCCUCUGGGUGGUGGGAACAAUGCAAAGCAGCGUACUGCUUUGGCCAACGGACAGCCCUCCUCCCCGUCUGGAAGUCAGAACACCCAACAGCAGCGAUACAUGUCCAGAGAAGUUCCACCAAGGUUUCGCUGCCAGCAGGACCACAAAGUGCUACUGAAGAGGGGCCAGCCACCGCUCUCCUCCAUGCUGGUUGGAGGGGGAGCAGGAGGUGGUGGCAGCGGAGAAGAGAGUUCAGGUGGAGUUGAGGAAGGCCGUACCUGGGGAGGUCUGGCAGAACAAGCGGACAGCCCAAACGCAGCUACAGCCGCUGAUUCCAACCUGGCCUCAUCAUCAUCAUCAUCAUCAUCAUCAUCAUCAUCUCUGCUCCCUUUCGCUUCAUGUGCAUCCGCUCUGUCGCCAUCAUCUUCUUCUACUAAUUCUACUUCAACUUAUGCAAAUUCCACAUGGGGGGCAGGCUCCAGCAGCCAGUCCUCCUCUCAGGGCUGUGGGAAGUUGAUUGUGGACGGCAGUGACUCUGAGGAUUGGCCUAGUAUCCAAGGUACAGCCAAAACAUGUACUGAUGUGGCAAGAGGCAGAAUGCAGGAACAGGAAUGCCCUGGCAGCAACAAUAGUGCCUCAUGGAGUGAUCGAAACACCCAGCAGAAGGGAGGUGCGGUCGAAGGGGGAGCAGGGAACAUGGACAACCCUCCUACAUCUAGUUCUUCUCCGACUUCACUGCUUAAUGAAUGUGUUAAAGCAAGCGGGAGUGUGUGGGGUUCCACCACUUCCUCUCAGUCAGAGCCAGGACUCCGAUCUGCGGCAUUAUACAAUUCCAAAGUCUCCCAUAUACCCAGUGGGUCUCAAGAGAACCCAGUGGGUGGCAACAGUUGUCUCCCUGGUGCCAAUUUCAACCCUAAUGUGAAUCCAUCUGCUUGGCCUUCCCUUGUCUCAGAGGAGACACCGUCUGCAGUAAAUAAUGCUCGAUCUGUCCACUCGUCCAACACAUCAGUAUCCUCCUUCUCUGGCAGUACCGCACUCGUUACUGAUCCGACUGGGCUUCGAAGACAGUGUACAGAGACACCCACGGAAGCCAGGACCGGAGAGCAGCCCUUAGGAAACCCAGCGCUAAUAGGAACAGGCGCAGGACUACAAGGUCCCGGACCAAAUCGAGAAGACGAUAAUGAGAGGGACAAUGUUGAAGGGGAAUUGCACUCUGGCUCUUUGUCUUCCUCCUCUGGUGGCUCUUCCUCUUGGAGAUCCAUGCCUCCAUUGUCUGUUGAUCCCAGCUCAUGUCCCUCACAGGCAGAGGGGUGGGGGGCCGACAGGACGGGAGCUGGUGGGUCCAAAGGUAACGUGUGGGGCUUCGGAAGCCAAAAUGACAAGAAAGGCUGGGGCAGGGAAAGUGAUGGCGGCUCAAAUACACUUGCAGUAUCUCAGGGAGCAUGGGAAGAUGAGAGCACUGAAUCAGAGUGGGGCAGAACUGUGGAAUGUGUGGGUUCAAGUAACUUGGCAAUAGGAAGUGAACGAGAAGGAGGCGAGAGCAGCAACAGCAGCAGUAGUGGGAGUAGCAUCGGUUUUGGGGGCCGCAUGUCACAGGACUCCACCUUGCCCAAGUUUGCAAAUAUGACAAAAGCAUGGGACAAUCAGAAAGGGACAGAGAGUGGUGAGGGGGAAUGGGGUGGCGGAGAGGGGCACAGUGAAAGAGUUGGAGGAGGAAGUCCUCCUGUUACUGGUGGAACUACUUCUGGAACUGAUGGAGGGGUGACUGAUAGUGGACAGAAAGAGCAGCAGAACUCUGCUGUUCCCUCCUCCAACCAGACCUCGAAUGCUGAAGUGGCCUUACAGAGUAUGCUCAAUCGAUCUGACUUGGAUCCCAGAGUUCUGUCCAACACGGGAUGGGGCCAAACCCAGAUUCGACAGAAUGUUGCUUGGGAUUUAAACACCACAACAGGCGUUGGGAAAAGGAAUGAAAGAAGCACUUCAUCUUCCUCUGCUUUCUCUUCAGAAACAAUUGACACAGCUACUGUUCAUGGUUCUGGGUACCUGUCAAGUUCAGUUAAUAGUGACAAGUCUGGGUGUCACACAGCUGUUAAAUCUAUCCUUGCUCCACAGAGAGACAAUAGGGAUGUAGGUGAUACACACUCUACAAGUGGAUCAUACACAUCCUGUAGCACUAUUAACAAAGCAGGAAUGGUUGAAGAAGACAUGGAGGGAAACCAGUUGCAAGCAGCUCAAGGCUGGGGGGAUCUUCCAGCUGACAGCCAGGGUAAAGGAUGGGGGACUGAAGAGAAAAAGUGGGGAGACACAAAGGGGGACAACUGGAGAGGUGAUGGUGAACAGGGUAGUGGGUGGGGAGAUGGUCCGGGGGAUAAAGGGACAGGAGGCUGGGGGGGUAAUGGAAGAGAAGAUACAGGCAGUUGGGGAGGAGGCGACUGGGGACAAAAAGACCCUCUUUCAGUAGGUGGGUGGGGAGAUCGACAAAACAGAGGUGGAAGCAAUUCUGAAGAAGGAUCCUCUUGGACUCAUUUGGAAGACAGGGGAUCAAGAAGAGACGGUUGGGGCUCAGGAGACUCUGGUGUCCCCAAGUCCCACCAGGACUGGAGGAAUGAUAAAUCUCACAUAGCAGCAGCAGUACCAAUACCAAACAGCCAAGUGGCAACAAUGAAAGUCCCAAAUCAACAGCAGCACCAAUCACAGGGCCCACUCUCCCCUGCAGGGCCCACCCCAGGGGGGUGGAACAGCAGGCCCAAUGUUGGAGGUGGACCUCCACCUUCAAAAACCCAGAACCAAAGCACGGGGUGGACCUCGGGCCCUAUCCCCAAACUAUCCAGUGGAGGGGGUGACUCGGUUGAACCAAGUGGCUGGGAGGAGCCGUCCCCACAGUCAAUCAGUCGGAAGAUGGAGAUUGACGAUGGGACCUCUGCCUGGGGAGACCCUACUCGAUACAACAGCAAGAAUGUGAAUUUGUGGGACAAGAACAGUGCAGCACAUAGCCAAAGCCCCCAUGCUCCACCACCUUCUCUCCAGCAGCCACCGAGAAGACAGCAGGGGAUGCAGCAUGGGAGGGACGGGAACCCAGGCAGCUCGGUUGGAGGUAUGUGGGGUGGUGGUGGGCAGUCGGCCGAUAAUGGUACUGGUGCUUGGAAUCCAGGAGCCGACGCAGGAACUGGGUGGGGGGAUGCAGACGACUCUGGCAAAGCAUCGGGCUGGGGGAAUCAAUCUCCAAACCCCAGUAAAACUGGUAUGAAGUCAAUGGACAGCUGGGCUGGACGAGGGGAUGGCUCAGUAACAGCCUCUCGACAUUCAAGCUGGGACGAGGAUGACGAUGGCGCUGCAGGUGUCUGGAAUAGCACUGGGUCCCAGGGCAGCGGCUCGUCCUUCAACUCUGGAGGCUGGGGUCACGGUGGAAAGCGCGGAAACGUCAAGGGAGGAGGAGGAGACGGUUGGAUGAACCCAAUGACACGACAGUUUUCAAACAUGGGUCUGCUGGGUGAUGACCCAACUGCGGACAAGAAGAUGGAUGGAGACAAGCGAGGAAUGGCGGAAUACAACGGAGAGAUGCGUCGGGGAGGAAGAGGAGGAGGCUACCGCAUGCCUCCUUCCAAAGACAUGGGCCCAGUUGACAUGGGACCCUACGGUGAAAAAAUGGGCAGUCAUGGACUGUUCGGCGGUGGGAUGCCUCAGCCCCGUGGGAUGCAACAGCCCAGCAUGCAUCCCAUCAACUCUCCUCAAGGGUUACGUGCUCAAGUGCCUCACCAGUUCCUGUCUGCUCAGGUGCCGGGUCCUAUGCUGAAGCAGAUGCCCUCUCCUGGUGGCAGUGUGGGCGGAGUGGUUGGAGGAGUCGGCGGUGUCGGUGCAGUAGGAAGUGUUGGAGGUGUCGGCGGUGUUGGAGGAGGAGUGUUCCCUCCUCAGCUUUCCCCACAACAGCUAGCAAUGCUCAGCAACAUUUACCCACACAUGCAGCAGUUCCAUCUGGCAUGUCAGCUGCUGCUGCAGCAGCAGCAACAGCAACAACAACAACAGCAGCAGCAGCAGCUUCUCCAGAACCAGCGCAAGUUUCCACAGCCGCAGCCUCUGAGGCAGCAGCCCGACCCGCAGCAGCUGGCCAGGAUUGUGGCUCUCCUGCAACAGCAGAGGCAUCAGCAGGGCGGUGGCUCUAAACUGUCCCCCUCUCACCUGGGAGGCGGUCUCCCGAAGCAGACCAUGGUGGACCCCCUGCCUCACCCUGGUAUGGGGGGUCCUCUGUCAGACAUCCACGCCAAAUCUCAAGGGAUGUACUCUGGAGUCGCGCCCCUCUGCAACAUGUCAGGACUGGAGCUGGGCCCAAUGAUGGGGGGCAUGAAAGACCCAGGAGGCGGGCAGCAGUCCCGUUUCAAAUGGAUGAUGGAGGGACACUCUCCAGCACCGUCACCUCCCGACACAGCUCUCCACAAGAAUGGUCCCUUACCUGGCAUGCUGAAGGGGGCAGGUGGCUCCUCGUACUCCCAGUACGAAAUGUUGAGCGGCGAUGGUUUAGGUAUGCCUCCUCAAGGCUCCGCUGACAACUGGCACCGCACACCCGGGAGCAAAAUGGGGCACAAACCUGCCAGAUCCAGCUGGCCACCCGAAUUCCAGCCUGGCGUUCCCUGGAAGGGUAUUCAGACGACCGGUGACCCGGAGUCCGACCCUUACAUGACCCCCGGCAGUGUCCUCGGCUCCCCUGGACCCCCGACCCUGAACGACUCUGACCACCAGUUAUUACGAGACAACAUUGGGCCAAACCCCUCCCUCAACACCUCGCUGCCUUCACCUGGUGCCUGGCCCUACAGUGCCUCAGAAAGCCCCAUCAGCAACGCUCACAGCACAGGAAAGUACUCGGAGUACAAGCCCAGCUGGCCCCCGGAGCCCAUCGGACAAAACAAGAUGUGGAAAACCAACCGCAACAGCUCCCAGCUACCACGACCGCCCCCCGGCUUGACCAAUCAGAAGCAGGCCACGCCAUCUCCCUGGGGAGGUGGCGGUCCGAGAAUGGCCCGCGGCUGGGGAGGCGGCGGGAUGAACCCAGAGUCCAGAUUUGGGCCAGGCACGACGUGGAGCGACGGCGGCGCCUCCAGAAGCAGCUGCUGGUUGCUCCUCAGCAACCUGACUCCUCAGAUUGACGGCUCCACGCUGAGGACGAUCUGCAUGCAGCACGGCCCCCUGCUGACUUUCCACCUGGGCCUGACCCAGGGCAGCGCUCUCAUUCGCUACAACAGCCGACAGGAAGCAGCCAAGGCCCAGAGCGCGCUGCACAUGUGCGUCCUGGGAAACACCACGAUCUUGGCCGAGUUUUUAAACGAGGAAGAAGUCGCUCGCCAUUUUGCACAUUCCCAGGGAGGAGGUGCGGACGGGUCAGGCUCAGGAGGGACGGCGGCAGCUGGUGGGACCCCAGGUUCAUCUGGGUCCGGCACGACGGUGGCCAGCAGUGGAGGGAGCUCCCCGGGCAGUGAGAGGACAGCGGCUGGGGCAACCCCUGGGGGGAACGGCAGCGGAUCAGCGACAGCAGGAGGAGGGGCAGCAGGAGCUGGGGAGAGCAGCGCAACCGUCCUGGGUGGAGUACGAUCCGGCUCCGGUUGGCAGAGCCUGGAAGGAUCCGGCAGCGCCACUGAAAACGUCUCGACCCAAGGACCAGGGUUGGGAAUGUUUUCACAGUGGAGCACCAACGGGGCUGAAGAGGACGGAGGUGUCGAACCCGCGAGGUCCGGCCUGUGGGGGGGGAUGACGGCAGGGUACCCAAGCAGCGGCAACAGCCUGUGGGGGGCGCCACAGGUGGAGGAAAGGCACCAAAUGGACAGCCCUGCGGCAUUGUUGCCUGGUGACCUACUUGGAGGAGGAGCCGACUCCAUCUGACCUCUGUAGGUUUGGACUCACUGCUCAUUCAUACACUGGGAUACAUGUGUACUUAAAAUAGCACACACACAGACACACACACACACUUGCAUAUGCAUAUUUGUGUGCUACUCAUUUAAACACGUGGUAUGCAUAUUGUCGUGCACACAUGAAGCAGAAAUGUGAGACGUUGCUUACACACAUUCUCGUGGCCAGACUUAAGCUAUUAUAUAAAACAAUUGCAGGGACUGUUAGAUGUGUAUUCAGCCUUUUUUCCACAGAUGAAGAUUUCAACUGCUUAGACUUGAAAAUACCUGAAAAUUAAAAAAAAAAAUUCAAUAAAAAAAAAAUAUUGGUCUGAAAGACGCGACUGGAUGUGCUUAGUAACUAGUGGACUUUUGGACAGAUUCACACACUCACGGUCACACGCUCACCAAAAACAAGACAAGCCUUCUGACAGACGGGCACUGUAAACAGCAUUACCUUCAUCCAGAACUGAACCACCACGUGAGGUGAAAGCGUAGUUUGUAUUCAUGUUCCGAAUCCAAACUCAUGCAAACGGCUCUGGCCCGCAACAGAACUGUAUCUUACUGUCGACGUAUGUAUGGAUGUUUGUUUCUCAAACAGUGAAAAUAUUGUAAUUGUUUUCAAAAUGCUGACCUCCUACUGUUGUAUCACUCUGUUAUUCUCAUGUUUGUUACUGUUGCAGUGAUAAAUGUUCAAAUGCUGAGGCUACGUUGCAUUUCUCCGUGUGCAGUAUCGGGGCACACGGUGCGGACUUGAGUGAGACCAAGUAGGUGGAUUAAACCACCACCGUUGAUGUGUGUGUGUAUGAGAGAGAGUGUGUGUGUGGAUCAAGUGUGUGCGCGCAUGUACUGCCUGUCAUAAACAUGGGCACGGCUGCUUACUCUCCAGAAGGUCUAUACAAUAUAUUUUGAGUGCAUCAGUAAACUGCUGACUGUGUGACGCGAUUAAUGGCACUAAUGCUUUUUUCCUCUCUCUUAUUUGAAGUUUUGUUUUUUAGCAAACUUGUCUUUUCUAUUGUCUGACCUGCAAUAAUAAAAAAAAGAACAUUUUAACGACACAAAGAGCUGAAGGCAUGUAUGUGGAGAGAAUGGAAAUGCCAAAAUCUUAUCAAACUGUGUGGCGUGGGGGAGGGGGGGUUGUUUACAGAUGCAGAGUUUGAAUUAUCGUACGUUUUUAAUGUUCCGUUGUUGUGUACUCGUUUUAAAUUAAGACAGGCUUUAACACUCCUGUUCAGUGUUUAUUUUUUCCGUUUUGAGAUUUUACAAAGGAAAACUUUAUUUAAACAUAAGAACAAGAUAAUAAAGAUUAAAGUAUUGGCUUCUA